UUUGAUAAUAAAAACAAGUAGAUGAUGUUGUAAGUUGUAAGUUGUAACAUAACCAACAAAUCAGAUAACAUUUACAACUUAACAUUUAUAAAUAUGUUAUGGAAGAAUAAUGUAUGUUUGGUAACUGGUGGUGCAUCUGGUUUAGGUGCAGCAACUGUUAUUAAAUUUAUUGAGUUAGGUGCUAAAGUGAUUGCAUGUGAUUUACCAUCAUCUAUUACAACUAAUUCUAAACAAAUUCAACAACAACUUAUUAAUAAUAAUAAUAAUAAUAAAAAUAUUAAUAUUGAUCAACAACUUUUAUUUGCACCAGUUGAUGUAACAUCUGUUGAUGAUGUAUCUAAUGCAUUAAAUAAAGUUAAAGAAGAAUUUGGUAAAUUAAAUAUUGUUGUUAAUUGUGCUGGUAUUGGUGUUGCAUAUAAAACAUAUAAUUUUAAUAAACAACAAGCACAUUCAUUACAAGACUUUACAAGAGUCUUACAUGUAAAUACAAUUGGUACAUUUAAUGUAAUACGUUUAGCAUGUGAAUUGUUAGGUGCUAAUCAACCUGAUGCUAACAACAAUCAUGAACGUGGUUGUAUUAUAAAUACAUCAAGUGUAGCAGCAUAUGAUGGUCAAUGUGGUCAAGUUGCAUAUGCAGCUAGUAAAGGUGCUAUAAAUAGUAUGACACUACCAUUAGCUAGAGAUUUAUCAACACAAGGUAUACGUGUGAAUACAAUAGCACCAGGUUUAUUUAAUACACCAUUAUUAUCAUCAUUACCAGAUAAAGUAAAAGCAUUUUUAUCAAAAUCAGUACCAUUUCCACAACGUUUAGGUGAACCUUCAGAAUAUGCACAAUUAGUUUGUAAUAUUAUUGAGAAUCCAAUGAUUAAUGGUGAAGUUAUACGUAUUGAUGGUGCAUUACGUAUGCAACCAUAACUACCAUAACUAUUAAUAUGUU